AUGGUUUUGAAAAGGCACAAGAAAGUGACAUACGAAAAGUUUAUAGAGGAACAUUCGUUUCACGUAGCCCUAGACGGCGCCGGAGGAGCACCCCGUGUACGGGCAGUCUGUGUAGAGGAACGUGCCAUGAUCAUGGACUACACUGGCAUGUCCUAUGAUCAAUACCUCCGCCGCUGCUCACCAAGAGAACAGUUCCACUCAUUGCUAAAAGUCGCCGAGGCACUCUCUGCUUUACACUUAAAAAAUGUAAUUCAUAAUGAUUUAAAGGAAAACAAUAUUACAAUCACCUUCCCAGAGGGCAAGCCCGUACUCCACAUUAUCGACUACGGCUUGGCCACAAAAUCCGGAGUUACGGUGAACCACGGUCAACACCGCAAGGGUUGGAUGGCGCCGGAGCUUUACACUGGAGGAUUCACCUCGCCCGCCUCGGACACCUACUCCUUUGGGAAGCUCGUUUACGGUGUGGCCAGACGUCUGCCGGAAACGCCGACCAAGAACUGCCUCAACGAGGUAGUGGCCAUGACCAUCAUUGGCGUCCCUCUCCGGCGACCACUGGCAGAAGUCAUAAGUCACAUGUACGCCUUUCUGCCCCAAGCUAACUGA